GACCGUUAUUAUUGUUCCUUGCUUUGCCCUACUUAGACUUUCAAGGGAAUGCAGAGCACUCUCUAACUUAUUCAAAAUAAAUUUCUCCUAUCAAGGAUUUCUUCUAUACCCCUCUUCGUUCUGCUUCUUCGUUCUCCGAAUCGCUUCGUGCCUUCGUCGGAAUUCCACAUAACUUUGGAGAUUAUAUUCUACAUCACAAAUCAGUUAUUUCAUUGGUUUCCUCUGUUGUUUAUUUUCUGACAGCCGAUUUAUUCUUUUGGGACCUCGCUGAAGAAUUUGAAGAAUUCUAAUAUGUUGGCUUGUAAUCCUGCUAACAAGCUAUCUUUCAAUCGAUUCAUUAGUAAUGGCGAUUUGGUUAUUGUUUAUGAGAGGCAUGACACCAUGAAGCCUGUGACGGUGUCUGAAAAUUCUGUCCUCCAGAAUCGUUUCGGAGUUUUCAAACAUUCCGACUGGAUAGGAAAGCCUUUUGGUUCCAAGGUGUUCAGUAACAAGGGUGGUUUUGUAUACUUGUUGGCUCCUACUCCAGAGCUAUGGACUCUUGUAUUAAACCAUAGGACUCAGAUUCUCUAUAUUGCUGAUAUUAGCUUUGUGAUCAUGUACUUGGAGAUUGUUCCUGGUUGCUUGGUUAUGGAAUCUGGAACUGGAAGUGGAUCUUUGACCACUUCUCUUGCCAGGGCCGUUGCUCCUGCAGGACAUGUCUAUACGUUUGAUUUCCAUGAACAAAGAGCUGCCUCAGCUAGGGAAGAUUUUGAGAGGACAGGUCUGAGCACCUUGAUCAGUGUGAAUGUGAGAGACAUCCAGGGCGAGGGAUUUCCUGAUGAAUUCGCUGGUUUAGCUGAUGCUGUAUUUCUCGAUCUACCCCAACCUUGGCUAGCCAUUCCUUCAGCUGCAAAAAUGUUAAAACAGGAUGGAACUCUGUGCUCAUUCUCCCCAUGUAUUGAACAAGUACAACGAUCAUGCGAAACACUUCAAACCAGCUUCACAGAUAUAAGGACAUUUGAGGUGCUCCUACGCACAUAUGAAAUUCGGGAAGAGAGAAUGGAUGGGAAUGCCGGAGAAGGGAACGUUGCCAAUGGUUCUCUUCCCUGCAAGAGAAGGCAAUGUUCUGAUGGAAGCAAUGUGCUUAGCAGUAGCAGUAGUGUUUCUACUGUUAUGGCCAGGCCUAAUGGUGAAGCAAGAGGUCACACAGGCUAUUUGACAUUUGCAAGACUCAAAUGCCUCUCAUGAGGAGUGCGCAAGCGGCCAUCCAAUUUUGUACCAGAUAUGAAGCCCUGUAUCUUUGACCUCCCUUUAAUUUUAGCCUCAAGCCCUCAAGUAACAAUGCUUUGUUCAAUCUAAUGUAUUGCUUUUGGGAGAAAGUUCUGAUAGAUCCUUCUUGCAACCUACUUCCAUACUAGUAUAAUAGCUAAAACUAAUGCUUUGUUCAAUCUAAUGUAUUGCUUUUGGGAGAACGUUCUGAUAGGUCCUUCUUGCAACCUACUUCCUUACUAGUAUAAUAGCUAAAAUUAAGUGAAAA